AGUCUCGGUUCUCGUCAUGGUUUUGGUUUUAGUACACGACUCUACAUUGUAGGCAUAUAUAAACAUGAUAUAAUUUAAACUUAACCUAAUUAUCGUUUAAAAUAAGCCAAACUCGAGCAACUAAAACUCAGUGAAACAAAAUGUUUAAAUAAAAACCUUAAAACAACCAAUUAAUAAUGUUAAAAGUAAACCGCUUUAAAACUAACUUAAAUGAAAAUCUUUAAAACAUCGUUCAGCAUUCGCCCAAGAUAGUUCGUUCUGCUAUUGCUACUCAUGGAAAAGCAACAUUGUUAUUACUUCAAAGGAAGGCCACGAUUACUGACGCUCAUACUUCUUUUACUCAUCUGUCUAUCGCUACCAAAUGAGUCUUGGGCCGGAUACAACGAGAAAAAACUCCUCCAUAAGCUAUUAGAUCACUAUAACGUAUUAGAGCGUCCUGUUGCUAAUGAAUCUGAUCCUCUUCAAUUAAGUUUCGGUUUGACGUUAAUGCAAAUCAUAGAUGUGGAUGAGAAAAAUCAGCUGCUUAUAACUAAUAUUUGGUUAAAACUGGAAUGGAACGAUAUGAAUUUGAGGUGGAAUUCUUCCGAAUUUGGUGGGGUAAAAGAUCUGCGUAUCCCACCUCAUCGACUCUGGAAACCGGAUGUUCUAAUGUAUAACAGUGCUGAUGAGGGCUUUGAUGGGACCUAUCCAACCAACGUUGUAGUUCGCAACAACGGCAGCUGUUUGUACGUUCCACCCGGCAUAUUUAAAAGCACGUGCAAAAUUGAUAUAACUUGGUUUCCAUUCGAUGAUCAGCGAUGUGAAAUGAAGUUCGGAAGCUGGACGUACGACGGGUUGCAGUUGGAUCUUCAACUACAAGAUGACGCUGGAGGAGACCUAAGUAGUUUCAUAACAAAUGGAGAAUGGGAUCUGCUAGGUGUACCUGGAAAAAGAAACGAGAUUUAUUACAAUUGCUGUCCAGAGCCUUACAUUGACAUAACAUUUUUUAUUCUAAUUCGAAGACGUACUCUCUACUACUUCUUUAAUUUGAUAGUACCAUGUGUUUUAAUCGCGUCUAUGGCAGUUCUUGGGUUUACUCUGCCUCCAGAUUCGGGUGAAAAACUAUCACUCGGCGUAACCAUUUUACUUUCUCUCACUGUAUUUUUGAAUAUGGUUGCUGAAACUAUGCCUGCUACUUCUGAUGCUGUUCCACUGCUUGGUACAUACUUUAACUGCAUUAUGUUUAUGGUUGCAUCUUCUGUCGUAUCAACUAUUCUUAUUCUCAACUACCAUCAUCGAAACGCUGAUACCCAUGAAAUGUCGCAAUGGAUACGAGUGGUAUUUUUAUGUUGGCUUCCAUGGAUUCUACGUAUGCAUAGACCUAUCGAAAAAAAAAAUAAUUUUGUAUCUUCACCGAAUAGAUCUGAACCUUCUGAACGAAGAACGAUGCAUUUUCCUGAGGUAGAAAUGAAAGAACGAUCGUCGAAAAGUUUACUAGCUAAUGUUUUAGAUAUAGACGAUGAUUUUAGGCAUAAUUAUAGGGGAGGAGGCACACCUACACCACUUCAGCCUGCGACGUUUUUUAGAAAUGUUUAUAGACAAAACGAGGAAGGCGGUAAUGGUGGUAAUGAUGGUGGUCCCCGCCUUCAAGAAUCCAUAGGUGCAAAUCAUUCAUGCAUCAGUGCUGAUUACGAGCUUGCUAUGAUUUUGAAAGAAAUACGAUUUAUUACUGAUCAAUUACGGAAAGAAGACGAUGCUGCGAACAUCACCAAAGACUGGAAAUUCGCUGCAAUGGUGGUAGACAGACUGUGCCUUAUUAUAUUCACUCUGUUCACUAUCAUCGCCACGUUAGCGGUGCUUUUUUCGGCACCUCAUAUCAUUGUAUCGUAGCCAAUCCCCGUCCCGUUCCAAAUCUCAAGCAUAUUAUUCCUAGUUCUAUUAUUCUCAACAGAUUCCCGCAUUAUAAAUACUACACACCAGCCAAAACGAAAUUAAUCGACCCUUUUUAGUUCGUGAUAUUUACGAAAAUGUAAUCGGCUUCUUAUCGGCACAUAUAGCUCAAUAGCGUAAAUGUUCAAGAGUGGUUAAGAAAUAAACAUAAAAAUAGUGCGGUCUUCAUCAAAAUAUAAUUUGAAUGGACAACUUGCAUAAAUUUAUCAGUUAAUAAAUUACCGCCGUAAAUGUCAAAAUAAAAUCUGUUUCAACCACACAAAAAAUUUAAUCUUUAGUUGUCAUAUCACAAAAAAUAAGUAGCAACACUUAAUUGAGUUAUUCAUAGUUACAUUGAGAAUUUUUAAAUUUCACUCAAAUUGUUUAGGUCUUUUCUGCUAUUGAUAGCUCUUUUAUUUAUGUUUUCAAUCAUUUAGAACAAUUCUCUGUUUCAAGGAUGUUUGAAUUUUCUUUAAUUAAAUUAAUGUUUUCUUAUAUUUCAUGAUAUAAAUGGAUUUUAAAUCUAUUUUUUAAAAAUCCUAUAUAAACAGUUUCAAAAUCAUUACAAGAAACUUCGAGUGAAAUACUUUAAUACAUUAUAUUCUUUAUGAAUUAUUAAAUAUCAUAUUUAUUGAAAUAAGUUGGUAGUUGCUAGAAAAGCCAUAUACAUAUAGUAAGGGUGUUCUACCUUUUGAUAUUCACGAUCAAUUUAUUCCUUAAUUGAUCGUAGUAUUUGUUUAUUAUCAUUAUUGUCAGGAUAAUUAUUUUCUCCUAACGCAGUUUCUGCUUUAUUGGCUAUGCAUUUGAAUUCAGGUUUUUAUUUUUGUGUUUAUUUUAUAUUGGGACAUCAAGAAAAUAUAUUCCAUUACUUUGUUCAAUCUCCACUACACCUCAUAAUAUAUAUAUAUAUAUAUAUAUAUAUAUAUAUAUAUAUAUAUAUAUAUAUAUAUAUAUAUAUAUAUAUAUAGCACGUCAUUAUGAUAAUAUAUAUAUGUCAGGUAGGAGUAGACAGGCCGAUACCAAGGAAUCGGAUCACUUCUUUCCACAAGAACAAAUAACCU